AUGUUAUUUAUAAAAACAUUACCGCUGUUAUUAAACCUAUUUCAAAGUGACUUGAGCUUUCAGACUUUACAACGGCGUCGUCGUUGUUGUAAUUCAAAGACACUUGAAGCAAAUUCACAACAUCGUUCAAAACUCACCAUGCGAAAGUAUCGAUUAGUGGCCAAAAAAGGCGAAGGCACAUUCUCCGAAGUUUUAAAGGCUCAGAAUGUUAAGGACAGCAAGUUUCAUGCCAUCAAGUGUAUGAAGAAUCACUUUGAAAGUAUUGAUCAGGUAAACAACCUUCGCGAAAUUCAAGCACUGCGGCGAUUGUCACCACACCAGCACAUUGUUAAGCUAGAGGAAGUGUUGUACGACCAACCUUCGGGUCGUCUAGCUUUAGUCUUUGAGCUGAUGGACGCCAACCUAUACGAAAUGAUUCGUGGUCGACGACAUUACUUAAAACCCGAGCUUGUGCAAUCGCUAAUGUACCAACUUGUUAAAUCACUCGACCACAUGCAUAACAAAGGCAUUUUUCAUCGUGACAUCAAACCGGAAAAUAUAUUGGUUGAGGAUAGUAGCAAGCUGAAACUAGCCGAUUUUGGGUCCUGUCGCGGUAUUUACUCCAAGCAGCCGUAUACCGAAUACAUUUCAACGCGGUGGUACCGUGCACCCGAGUGCUUGCUCACUGAUGGCUAUUAUGGACCGGAAAUGGAUAUGUGGGGUGCCGGUUGUGUUUUCUUUGAGAUCACAUCGUUGUAUCCGCUAUUUCCGGGCUCUAACGAACUCGAUCAAAUUCAUCGUAUACACAAAAUUUUAGGUACUCCGCCCAUAGAUAUCCUUGAAAUCUUCAAGCGCAAAGGAGCUGCCCAUGUUGACUUUAACUUUGGAAGAGAAGAUGGAACUAGUAUUGCCAAACUUAUUCCUCAUGCAUCUCCCGCGGCCAUCGACCUAAUGCACAAAAUGCUGGUAUACGACCCAAGUAAACGUAUGAAUGCACGAGAGGCGUUGCGCCAUGAAUACUUUCGAGAAAUUCGAGAACUUGAAGAUGCAACGUUACGAACACAGCCUCAACAGCAUAUUGUAGGUCAGAAUCAGCAACAACCUCCACUUGGGAUCUCAAUAGCCCACAAACGACGCAAAGGAAAGGACAACAUUGACGCGAAAUCGCCACUUCCGUCAAUUCAGAUUGGAUCAAACGGCCAGCAGGCUACGUUAGAGUCAAAGGAGACUGCAAGCGUAGUAAGUGAUGAUGAAUUACCGCCCAUUAACAACUUGGUGAGUGGCAAAGCAGUGGCUAGCAGCGUUACUACAAGCAAAACUAGCAAAUACAUAUAUGGCAAAAACAGUGGUAUCAAUAAAGCUGGUGAAGGCAGUGGAGGUGGAGGGACUAAUUAUCACGGUGGACCCUCGAAAGCAUUAAAAGUUGGACUUCUAAACGGAAGCGAUCUAACGAGUUCUACGCAUCACGAUGUCAAGGCCCGAAAAAAGGCGAUUAGCAAAUUGCAUAAGAAGGGAAUGUCAUCUGCACGACCUAGAAAAAUUGCGGGUAUCUCUGGAGCUUGUGUGGACGCCUCAGGCAUUGCUGGCAUGACUUCUGGCUGUAUUUUGCGGAUGUGUACCAGCGAAGAACGACAUUAUUUGGUAUCGCAAGUUGGCUUACGUCAAGAAUAG